AGUUUCAGUAGUAGUCAUGAUUGUAAAUAAUGACUUCAGUUACGUUGAUAUUUUUUGUUUCCAGUGUUUAUUUUUGAGCCAUUACGGAUUUGUUCCACUUGCUAUUUUUCAAGUUUAGGUAAUGAUAUAUUCUAUUUGUUACUUGCAGGCUUCGAAACGUCUAUUUGACAUGCUAAGAUUGCUGAAGUUGAUGGAUCUCCCUGCAGAAGCCAAAAAUAGCUUGAAGGUUCUUUCAAAUGAGUGGAAGAAUGGUACUGAAUAUUUGACUGAAACCACCAGAGUCUCUGCUGUUGAAUGUCCCGCAAAAGUGGAAGACCUUUCUUUGAUAUGUGGGAUUCCUUUUCCACCACCAGAUACUACACAAACUGUCUCAAUGGAUUACUCGAAUAUAGAAGAAAAUAUCGUUGAGAAGAAAGAUGUCAGUGAGAUGAGGUUCCACGUAUCAUUCAAUUCUGAGAUAGAAGAAAAUAUCGUUGAGAAGAAAGAUGUCAGUGAGAUGAGGUGA